AACAUAGAGAAUGAAAUCGAUGUUUUCUCUAAAAAUAGAGAUCUCAAAGCUUAUUUGCCGGAAGCUAUACAUCCCCGGAUCUUCAUAUCAGAUUCAUCUAUGAUAUAAAGCACCUAGCAUGAACGGAUACCCAUUCAAAUGACCAAUGAAUGUUGGAUAACGAUGGUGAAACUACGUGUAUCCGUUGUUUUAAUAUUGCUCGCGUCUGUCAACUUGGUGGAACCGCUAGUACAGGAAGGUUUAUCUAAAUUUUUAGGAUCUAUAACUGGCAUUAAAAAUGUGAGGAUUCCUGAAUUAUUGAAUCAAUUGUGUAAUCAAUCGCAAGGAUCAAAUACAACUCGUCGAGAUGCGUGUUACGGAUGCUUCUUCAGGGCUAGCAGUCAAACUCUUGGAUACUCUUUAUUAAUGGCUAUUUCGAAUUGUGCCGAUAUUUACCUCAAUAAUACCGAUUAUGGCCACUGUCAACAAUAUUUGAGAAACGCUACGAGCAUGGUGAAUUUAAGAACGAGUGUUACGACGAUAUAUUGCUCGUUUCUCGAAUGCGUUCGUCAAGUAAAUAAGGAUACUUUGCUCAGGGAAUGCGUCGGCGAAGCCAUAAGAAUAUCCCCCAAUUUCAACUUGACGGACGUCAAAUUAGCCCAAUUAUACGUGAACACGACCGCGUGUGUGCUGGCGAAAACACGUUGCUCUCAAAUGAAUCCGAUAACCGGAGAAUUUCAAGAAGACGAUCUGGCCAAUAAGCUCAACAUACCCACGGUCAACGCGGUGCUGGUCAACACGAAUUACGACAUCAACAUCGUACAGCUACCAUUCCAUUCCAGUUCCAUCGAUGUUUGCGCAAAAUAUAGAAACUACGAGCAGGCCAGCUGGCCAACCGUCAUGUGUUGAUUGAAAUUUUCUCGUUUAACGCGACCUAGAAACGGUGAUCAACCAUGAUCAAUUUACAAUUAUACAUACGGCCUAUUUAUAAUAUCGUAUUGUUCUAGAGAUAGAUCAUUGGAUCGAAAUCUUGAAACUCUUCGAAAUUUUUUGCUAUUUUUAUAUUAUAGUCCGAAACUGUAGAAAUUCGAGUAAAAUUUAGCUUGAAUAAUUUAUAAUACCAUCGUUACCAUCGUUGAUUAAUAAUGAUCCAACCGAGAUCAUGCGUUCACAUUUUAAUUUCUCUUUUAUUAUUCUAUUACGAUAAUUUGUAAGGAAAACAUGAUUAUGUUCUCCAUAUUGUGAACAUCAGAUUACAUAUAACGAACACGAUGGAAAAAAAUAAUAAAAAUCUUACGUUUCAAACUGUAGAUCAUCGAUUAUAAUUAUAUUUUUAAUAAUCUCGGCAAUCAAUGUCUAAGUAACAAAUUAAUAACAAAUAAUCGUUCAUUGUACGACGAAAAACGAUUUUUCAAAAUCGAAAGUACAGCGUAAAAUCGACGCGCUAAAACGAAUGUGACGAUCCUUCAGAAACCGUGACUGACUUAAUCUCGUGAGAGUCGUAAUAGCCGCGCGAAAGAAUGUACGAAUAGCGGUGUAAAUGGAUAAACGUAUCGUAGCCGGUUCAUCGGCGCCAAGUACCGGAUGCGGACAUUAAAAGAACGUUUACGAUAUUACUUAUCUCGUAGAGUGAUCGUAACGAAGCGGCCAAUAAACAAAUUUACGACAAAUCGUACGGUAGAAAAAGGUGAAACGACUACAUCGAUCCAUCGUACGCGUACAAGCCGAGUUAUAUCAGUAUAACACGAAAUAAAAAAUAUCUUUUCAAAGACAUAAACUCCGAUUCUGAGAUGAGCCAGAGACGAAUUUCAGAUACAUUUUGAUACAUUUGAAUCAAGAUUGCUAUUAUUAUCGUUAAUUUUGGAUUCUUUGAUCCAAGAGGAGGGCAAUAAUUAGGUGUUAUAGAUGUUCGUUUAUAUGAAAUUGUCAGGGGACAAGAAACUUCGUACAACCAGGUCAUUUUAAUAGAAAUUUACUCAGUCCUUCUCACCAAGUAUGAUAUUUCGCUCAGUAAACAGAAGUUCAUGUUAAUAUGAGAGGAUUCCACGAAACAUUUUCACUUAAAUACAUAAUAACGUAUCUACGGCAAACACGAUAACUGCGUAAUGCUUACCAAAUUAAUUCUUCAUUUAUUCAGUAACAGAGAAUAAAAUAUAUGUUAUAUCAUAGAAACGUUUACAUAAUUGUAGCGACGAAUCACAGUUAUUCGAGUAAUAAGAUUUCGCUUAAAAUUCAAAUAAUCAAGCACUAAUAAAAUUUACGUCCAAACGAGCUUUAUUAAAUAUAUUUACUGGAAAAUGAUAUGCAUCAUGUGCCAACACAAACUAAAAUUCGUCUUAGAAUUUGAUCUGACUUCAUGUUUCUCUCUUCCUCGCUUUCCAUUCAUUAAAUAGAAAAAUACCAUUUUUACCGCCUUCGAGAAACAUUUUUGUAUCGCAAAUUUUUUCGAAAGCCAAACUACGAUGACAAUAAUCAUUCAAACGUGUUUCUUGAAAACUUGUAAACCCGUAUUGAUUUACUUUUAAAUAAAUACUAUCUUCUCGCAAAUGAAUUAAAAGAAAAAGUCCAAGGCUAAUCUCAGAAAAUCUCUACAAAGCACUCCGUCCACUCCUUUCGCUCUCGCUUCUGGACACACGAAAAAAAAAAAUAAUAACUAAUCCUACUUUUUACCUUUCGUAUCUCUCAGACAUCCCGAAUCGAAUGAAAUUGGUACUCUCCAAACACCUCUAAUCAUCAACAAGUUAAGCCAAUAGCGAUUCCGCGACAGCAACCGCCAUACUCGGCGGCAAAUAUUCGACGGUAAUCGGAUAUUAAAAGAAUCCGGGCUGGUAUCGUCGGCUCGAAGAAAAGA